AAAAACGAGGUUGUCCGCAAGAGGAAGAAGAAGAGCGCCACGAGUCGAAUCAAAACAAAGUUGACGGAGAGCCACGAAGGGACGAUGAAGGGUGACGAUAUUGUGUAUUUGAGUUUAUUGGCAGCCUCUAUAGGGUUUGGCCAAGUGUACAGGAGGAUAGAGGACAUAGAAACAAAGAAGUGGAUAGGCACUGUAGUGGGGAUAAUAGUGACAGUGGUGGUGUCCGGCUGGCAUACAUUGCACCCACUAUUUCUCACUGCUGCUAACAUUUUGAUUCUUAUCUACGUCUCUAAAAGCUUGUGUCACAUUGUGAGCUUUUGGUUCAGCUUCGGAUAUUUGUUGUUCUUCCGACUAAGUCAUUAUGUUGGUUUGGAUAUGGUUCCAUCUCACACAAAUGCUGUCCAGAUGAUGAUUACUCUUAAGUUGAUUGGAAUUUGCUUUGAGGUUCAUGACACUUGGAGAAAACAGGGAGAACUCAAGAAGGAAGAUGAUAAAGACAAAAAAAUUAAGCUACAACUGGAACUGCAGCAUGAGGAAGUUCACCCAUCAUCCAUGGACAUUUUCCAUUAUGCAUUUUGCUAUAUUGGUGUUCUCACAGGUCCUUACUAUAAGUACAGAGUAUACAGUGAUAUGCUGCGAGGUACUCCUGAGAAAAAUGGCCUGGAUUGUCUACAUGCAAUGGUUAAUAGAAUCUGGGUUGUGCCAUUGUAUGCCAUUGCCUUCCUUGUGUCUGACUACUACUUCCCACUCUCAUUUGCUGAAAGUGUGGAAAUAUUCAGAGAUUAUGGCUUCUUUUAUCGGAUAUGGUACAUGACCCCAGUUUUCUUCAACUUCCGCAUGCGCAUCUACGCUGGGUUUGUCCUCUCUGAGUGUGUAUGCAUCAUGGCUGGCUUGGGAGCUUAUCCUAGUGUUUGUGAGCCCAAGCCUGGCCGAGGUCCUACCAAGUAUCAGCCCUUGGAUUCAUUAUCAGAAGAUUCAAAGAUUGAAUAUAGUUUUGAAACAAUUCACAACAUAGAUGAAUAUGGAGCAGACUUCACUCCAACAGUUCGAGCAGGGAUGAGGUGUUGGAACAUGACUGUUCAGUACUGGCUAGCUAAUAAUGUCUACAAGCGUUUGAAACUCAUAAAGCCAGUGAGAGAAGCUUUGACAAUGCUGGCAUCUGCAUAUUGGCAUGGAGUGCAUUCAGGCUACUACCUCUCCAUGCUGACAGUACCUUUCAUCCUCGCUGUGGAAGAUUAUUAUGAUCGCUUGCUGAGGAAGAAACUUGGAGACACUGGAAAAUGCCUAUAUGACUGGUUCUCAUGGUUUGUGAAGAUGCAGAACUUUGCCUAUAUGGGCAUGGCAUUCUUAUUACUGCGUGUGGAUACCACUCUUCAUUAUUGGCAUUCUAUUGGAUACCUUUAUCAUGGCCUCAUCAUUGUCAUGCAUUGCAUUGCUCAGUACAUCAAUCUCAUCCUUGGCAAGGCUGAAGACAAACUGAAGAAGAGCAGAGCAACAGCAGUGAUUGAUGAUUACACGAAAAUGCGCUUCAUAAAGACCAAAGAUCCAGUUGUAGAUGGAGGAGUCCAAUCAGCAAAGCUUCCAGGUGACAGUAAAGUUGUUGGAGCCAGCAAAAAGUCACAAGAUUAACACAAAUUAGAAAGGCAUAUCUAUUGGAAUUCAGAUUAUGUAGAAGUACAAUGAUAUAAACUAGAGUAUUAAUGAGUGCAUUGUGUGUAUGUAAAGUAAUCAAGCUACUUAUAGUAUAAUGCAAAGAACAAAAGCAAUUAUUAUAUGCAGCCUAGUUAUUCUCAGUAUAUCAGUAUAAGAGGCUCUACAUACCUAGUGCAAUAUUUUGUAUGGUUAUACAUUUAUAAGAUUUCUUCCAUCAAUUAAUUUUCAUGUGUCUUAUUUUGUAGCAUCAAUGUUAUAUCAAUGAUGAAAAUUAUGUUACCUAGUCACUAAUAUUAGAUGUAUUAAAAUCACAAAAAAAUAAAUACGUACUACUCUCUGUUGGAGCAAGACUGAAAAGCAUUGUUAUGUUAGCUUACAGCUGAUCAAUGGAGAUUCUUAAAUGCCAGAUCAUUUUGUUUCUCUUAGUUUAAUAGAAUUUCAUGAAAUAUUAUACCUGAAACAAUGCAAACCUGACUUUUGAAUAUGAAAAAUUUCUUGUAAAAAAAAGUUUUCAAAUGUAAUCACACAAAGAAUAUUUACUGCUGACAAAAAUCAUAAUUUUUGGAGAAACAGUAACAUUAGAAGUGCUUGUGUUGUAAAGUUACUAAAAUUACAGUAAAAGUUCAUUAAUCCAAUGAGCUGGGGACCAAGAGUGUGCCAGAUUAUUGGUUUUGUUGGAUUAUCAGGAUGUAGCUAUCCUUGAAAACACCACUGUGACAGGAACUUUGGACAAUUUUAAGUUUCACACAUCCAGUGAUUUUCUCAUUUUGGUUAUGUUUCUCUGGUGAGGCUAUUAUUGAGUUGAUUGAUAUUUUACAUAAUUUCUGUUGUUAAUGGAUAGUUUUCAAGUUAUGACUUUUUAGCUUGUACCUAUUUCUCAUCAACCAGUGAUGUUGGGGGAUUUAUGGGAAAAAUUUUUGGGGGGAUGAGUAAUGUGCAUUACAGAAGAGGUUGGAAAUCAACAAAAUCUUACAAAAAGAUCUCGGAAAAUACAUAAAUGUGGAGCUUAUGAUAAUCAAUAAAAAUACAUGUUACCGG